CAACCACGAAGACUGGAAGACGCGAAGGCAAUCGCAGUAGGCGGCCGCACCAAGUGCAUCAAUCGGAAACGUCAGCUGGAAGCAGCCCACAAGAAGAAGUAGUGGAAGCAUAAAACACAAAAUUUCCACCCCAAGAAGAGUGCCUUAACUGCUGGGAGCGUACACACGUUCCAAAUCUAUUCGAAAGCCUAGCGAAAUCAAGAAAAAAAAACGAAAAGAAAGACGGUGACAAAACUCGCCUCUGCGCCGUGCGAGAGGAAGCCAUAUUAGCCAUAUUAGCGACAGAAGGUAGAAAGCGACAACCGAAAGCCGAAACUGAUCAGCAUGGCCGAUACGACGACGACAACGACGACGACAACGUCCACGGAGCUGGUGGCACCGGAAACGGCAAAGCAAGCCAUCGCUAGUGAACCUGAGGUGACCGCGAGUGACACAAGCAGCCCAGCAUCUGAGGCUACCCCGGUGAGAACAAUGGUCGAGACGGCCACGAUGACGGACGCGGCAGAGCAGAAGGAAAGUGAAAGUUCCGCACCGGUGGCGCCUGAGGUGGACGUACCGGUGGUGAAGGUGCCGGAGGGCGAAGGUGCAACAGCGAAGGAAGCGGUAGAAGCUGAAGAAGAGCCGGACACACUGUCCCCGCUGAUGACGGACAAUCACACGUUCCUGCAGCAUCAUGAGAUAAUGCGGGAGGAUCCGAACCUGGAGGAGGUUGCGACUGAACCGGGAAGUAGUAGUCCUCAGCAGCAGCAGCAGCAACAACACUUCCAUCGGCAUCAUCAUCAUCACGGACACGGUGUUGAGGAGGUGCAUGACUACGGCAUCUACGAUGAUGACGAGCAGGAGGAUGAUGAGGAUGAAGAUGAUGACGAUGAGGACAUUGACGACGAGGACGAGAUGUUCAUGCGCGAUCAGGAUGAGCCGGAACCGAACAUGAAGCACUCCGACACGAAGGAGUCGAUCAGCUCGAUCGACAGUGACGUUUCGCUGUCGUACGAUCGACGUAGUGCGAGUGAGCUGCAGCAGUUGCAGCAGCAACACCGUCAACACUCGGAAGAUGCCGGCGCUGGAUCGUCGGACGAUGCGGCCAAGGACUCUGGGUGUGAGAUCGCGAAGAAGUCGUCUGGUGAGGGUGAAGGUCUCGAGGCAGGUGAGAUCCAUGAGGACGGUGAAGAGGGCACGUUCGAGAUCCCGGACGAUGAGAUGUGCGAGAGGAUCAUCGAGCAGGUGGAGUUCUACUUCUCGAACGAGAACAUCCUGAAGGACGCGUUCCUGCUGAAGCACGUGCGUCGCAACAAGGAGGGCUUCGUGAGCCUGAAGUUGGUGUCGAGCUUUAAGCGUGUUCGUCAGCUAACGAAGGACUGGCGUGUGGUUGGGUACGCGAUCAAGCGUAAGAGCGUCCGGAUCGAGGUGAAUGAUCUCGGCACGAAGAUCCGCCGGUUGGAGGCGUUGCCUGAGCAUGAUGAGACGACACCAUCGCGCACGGUCGUCGCAACUGGGCUGCCAUACGACAAGUACACCGUCGAGAAGGUGUCCGAGUUGUUCUCGAAGUGCGGCGAGAUCUCGCUGAUUCGGGUGUUGCGUCCAGGUGGACCAAUCCCGGCUGAUGUAAGACAGUUCAUCAACAAGCACCCGGAGUUGCAGGAGAGCGAAUGCGCGUUGGUUGAGUUCACUGAGUCGUCUUCUGCUCGACGUGCUCAGGCUCUAGCAGACUUUGUCGUGCUUGAGCUGGUAGCACCGAAGAAGAAGACGGGCAAGAAGGCUACCAACGUGACGAAGUUCGUCGAGAGCUACAAGGUGGCGGCAGGACAUGAGAUCGAACGGAGCCGUGGAGGUGAGGGCUUUGACCGCUUCCGAAUGCGCCGUGGGUCUGGCUUCUACCCCAAGGCGGACAUGAUGGUUGGGGCACUGUAUCAGCAGCAACAGCAGGUAAUGUCACCACAUCACCAUCAUCACCAUCACCAUCAGAUGCUACCGAUGAUGAGUCCACCAAUGCAGGCGCCUAUGCCAGCUGAUCCUCAUCAACUUCAACAGCAGUCACCGCCGAUGCCUUACAUGGUACCGCAUUCGCCUCAACCACGCAAGUACUCCUUCGGCAAUGAGACCUACGAGUACUUCCAGCCUCAACAGCAGCAGCGUCGGGCUAGUGCUUACUCACUCGGAUCUGAUGCAUCGCGCAAGUUCUCCAGCUGUUCGGAGGGCUACUCAAGCUGCGGAGAGAUGUCUCGUCGAACGUCUGCCUGUUCGUCUGUACCAGCUGAGGGUAUCUCGCGCAGGACAUCCGCCUGUUCGGAAGUUCCUUCAUCACGUCGUUCAUCCAACUGCUCGGACUUCUGCUCGUGCAAUGCUCGCCGCAUCUCGCAGUGCUCUACAGACCUGAUGUACCGUCGGAUGUCUCAGUGCUCAGCUGAUCACCCUGGUACGCCAGUGCAUUCGGUCCCAAGGAAGUACUCCGUCGGUUCGAACUAUGAUCGCAAGUACGCGAACUCGCCCGAGCUUCUCCAGCAACAGCAGCAGCAGCUCCAGCAGGGUCAUCUUCUGCAACGUCGCAUCUCGAUGGACUCGACUGGUGCGUACGAUGGACGCAAGUUCUCGUCAGGAUCGAUCACAGGCUACCACACGGACGGUAGUCCCAACAUCUCGCCGCGCAAGUACUCCUCAAACGGGUUCGAUCCUCUGCGCAAGCUGUCUAGCGGUUCGGAUCAGUACUACAACGGGCGCAAGAUCUCGACCGACUCCGGAUAUGAUCGGCGGAUCUCGAUCGGAUCCGAGUGUUCUGGGCCACGAUCGCGCGCUGGCAGUGUUCUGUGUAGUCAUGGCAACACUGCUCUGCCGACUCCUGCCAAUGAGGCCGUUGUACGCACCCCAAUCGGACCGGAUGGCAGCAAGGGCUUCGGGACGCGCACGCGUCGCAUUGGACAGAUUGUGCCACCGGCCUAA